CUUUUCUAACUGAAUGGAAACUGGUCCAUUCAAAAUCCACACAAUCAGUUUGUUUUGAAAUUUCGCCCUGAUGCGUUCGCUUUCUGAGCGCUCUCUCCGCUCUGCCAAAAAUAAUGAAACGCGAUAAAUACUCUAAAAAAAAAUGAAUUCAGAAAGUGGUUACUAAAUUAACAAGUUAAAUAUAUUACGGAAUACCUUAAACCAUUUUAAACGGCUUAAAUGUAUAAGAGCACAAUUGUACAGCUCUGUACAACGGACACUUCUGCGAGGAGGAAGCCCCACAGCUUUAGAAUGAAAUGGAGAUGCAAAGCUACUCUGGUCAUGGACCAUCGACAGGCACAUCAGAAACAGCAACAGCAACAGCAGCAGCAGCAUUUGCAUCUGCACCAAACAGAGCAGCAGCAUUCACACAGCGACACUUCAAAUGUCGGCUGGAAGAGGCGGGUUGGCCUUGGGUUUGCCAGCCGUUUAUUGACUGCGAAAGCAGCCACACCAGCAGCACAUCCUCCACAUCCAGCAGCAGCAACAAUCCCUUCCUGCCCACCAGCAACAUCCCCAUUGACGGACGCAGCCACGCAUUCCAGUGUGCGCGGCAAGCAUUCGACGAAGUGGAGCACAGCGCAUUCUAUGGCUGCGAUGGGGAAAGCCCAUUAUCUGAAAACUGUACAUUGAGGCUGAGGGCGCGACUGUUGCGAUGGCCGUACGCGGCGUAUGAGAACUUUCGACUGGCAAUCAACGGGGUCCUCAGUGAUUAUGCGAGUGAUACACUCGCUGACAGUUCGAGCUGCGGUGGUGGAGACAUGGUAUUGCAAUGUGAGCUGGGCCGGGCCCAGGAACUAUUGCUUUGUCAUUUGCAGCAACGCGAGAGCGAGCCACUGCAGCAGCUGGGAAGCGUGGAGGAGGAGAGCUUCUCGAACGACAGCCUUCUGGAGGCCUUUCAAAUCGAGCUGGCCCCAGAACGCAAUGGACUCUGGAGCUUCCUUAAUCUGAGCGAGCUAAUGGAGUCCAACUACGACUCCCUGGGAAUCCUGAAUGUCACCAACACCAGCUUAGCCAUGAUUUUACCGAACUUUACAGCCCUGAACACAACCACGACCUGCACUGCGGACACGGCUAGCGACCUCGGGGGAACAAAGACCUUGCUGGACUACAGUCCCCACGGCUACGACUGGCUAUUCUUGUUCGUGGUGUUCUUUAUCUUCGCGGGUGGCCUGGGUAAUAUCCUCGUAUGCCUAGCCGUGGCCUUGGACCGGAAGCUGCAGAAUGUCACUAACUACUUCCUGUUUUCUCUGGCUAUAGCCGAUCUCCUGGUCAGUUUGUUCGUGAUGCCCAUGGGUGCGAUACCAGCUUUUUUGGGCUAUUGGCCACUUGGCUUUACCUGGUGCAACAUUUAUGUGACGUGUGAUGUACUGGCCUGCUCGUCCAGCAUAUUGCACAUGUGCUUCAUUAGUUUGGGACGCUAUAUGGGAAUAAGAAAUCCAUUGGGCUCGAGGCAUCGAUCUACCAAACGAUUAACUGGUAUAAAGAUAGCCAUUGUCUGGGUGAUGGCCAUGAUGGUAUCCAGUUCAAUAACAAUGCUUGGUCUGGUCAAUGAGAAGAACAUAAUGCCCGAGCCUAAUAUAUGCGUGAUCAACAAUCGCGCCUUCUUCGUGUUUGGAUCUCUGGUAGCUUUUUAUAUUCCCAUGCUGAUGAUGGUUACCACAUACGCUCUGACUAUUCCCCUUCUCCGGAAGAAAGCGCGAUUUGCCGCCGAGCACCCGGAAAGUGAGCUUUUUCGCAGGUUGGGUGGACGCUUCACCUUGAGGCCGCAGCAGAGCCAGCAGCAGUUGCAGAUGUUCAGUAACUUUUCUGGCGGCAACAACAAAUUCCUAUCUAUGGGCGACAGCAAUCGCAGCUUCAACACUGCAGGAGUGGCUGAGAGUGGAACUCCAACCAGAAGGAGAGGCGUGGAGCCCGCCGAACGACCUUUGAUGCAACAGCGAACGGCGAGCAGCAGGAGCAUGGGCACGGUUAGUUUUCGUAAUGGCGUCAACGUGAGCAGCGGCACCGGCGGAAGUGGGCACAGGACAACAGGCACUGCCCACAGCAGCUUCCGGUUCUCUGGCGCCGGCAUCCUGCGGCACUCGUCGUCUCCCGCCCCGAGCUGCCACUCCACAAGGACGACGCACUCGAGCUGCUUCUGGCGCAAACACAGCGGCUAUCCGAACCUAAUGGACAGCCAACCAAAUCGACGGGCCUCUGUGCGAGUCACCAUCUCCCAGCCACAAUUGGGUUACCCGACAAAUGUAUGUGAAAAUGGGAGUGCAGCUGUUGGAGCUACGGAGGUGGGGGUUGGUGGCAAUGGCUUAUCAGCUGGCAGGACGAGCAACUCAUCUCCUGGAGGCACGAGUUUAAUGGAAAUCGCAACCAUCCAGGGAUCGACUAUAAGCCCAAGUCAGGCUGCUGGGGGCAAUCACCUGCCGCAACAGGUAAAGACGAAGGCUUUAAACCCGGAAGAACGGCAGUGCAACAAAAUGCGGCCCUUUAAAUUUGCCUUUAACCGCGUUGCCACGCCCACCCUCAACUUACGUUUUCUAAACAAUCGCAGUAAACGAAACAGCUUGUCGGCAAAUGCGGUUGCCACGGAGCAGAAGGCCACCAAGGUGCUCGGAUUGGUGUUCUUUACCUUCGUUUUGUGCUGGUCACCUUUCUUUAUCUUGAACAUUAUAUUUGCCGUCUGCCCCGAGUGCCAAGUGCCGGAGCACGUGGUGAACACCUGUCUUUGGCUUGGCUAUGUCUCCUCGACGAUCAAUCCAAUCAUCUACACCAUAUUCAAUCGCACGUUCCGGGCUGCUUUUAUCCGCCUGCUCAAGUGCAACUGCGAACGUUCCGGCCGCCCGCUGCGCUAUCGUUCCGUGACAGAAGGACGAGGCGCCCUCAGCCUGUGCGCCCCUUCGGCCCUGCCGCUGGCCAUAUCCUUCCAGGGGGCGCCACUCAUGACGCCAUCCCCGGCAAAUGCGACGCCGUUGAGCGAGUUCCGCGGCAGCUGCCACACUGUCACAGGCGACGAGUCCUGAACCAUCGGGAGCAGCAUCGUGUAUCUGGGAGGAAAUAUACGAAUUUACAACGACGUAACGGCGAAAACCAAUCGGAGUCUACUGUAAUUCAGGAAGACUCAUGCUAACCUUUUAAAUCACAAUCAAUUUGAUGAAUUUUGUCGAUGCUGUAUAGAAUAAACUAAGUUUUUAAGUCAUUGCAUAUCAUUAAAGGAGAAACAUAGGAACAAGUUCAAAAACAGAGUGCAAGAGUUGGCGGUACGAUGCUGACUGUGUUUCACUUUCAUUUUUACUUUGCUUUCUUUAUCAAACACAAAAUCAUUAACGAUAAGUAUGAUUAGUGCAAAAUAUAAUAAGAAAACGUGAGUAUUAGUAUUCGUUUUCCUAUCCACUCUCAUAGCAUUUUUAUUGUAUAUAGAUUAUAGGGGGAGUAAGUGUCUUCAUUGUAAGUAAGCGUCUGUUUAAUAAUUUAAAAAAAAUUUAAGAAUUUUUAUACAUUUGUCGGUGGUAUUUUGCAACGCUGCACUUUAGGAAAUUUGACCACUUUUUCUGGCCUAAAUUAGCCCAUAUUUUUUAUGAUACCAAAAAUUGAUACCACCUUUUAUAUUUUUUGUAGAGUCACACUCCAGGACGGAGAAAGCAUUUUGCAUUGAUUUACACUAGACCAAAUCUAUCCCUAUCCCAAAAAGUGUGGGCGUGGCACCGCCCUUUAUAUUUAAAUAACUAAUUUUCGUAAAGGCUUUCUCCAAUUUCGUAUGCUUUUCCUAAUCUACGCGAAAAAUAACAGAUCAUAUAGUGUUAUUA